AUACGUGAACACUGUUUCCUUGACCCUAGUGUUGAGACGGCAGUUUGUUAUUUCAGAUACAACAUACGUGGUGAUCGACCUUAAUAUUAUUGCCUUCAACAUGAAUAGGAAAUUAAUGCUACAUUCACUUCUCUGUUGUGUAUUUUGGUCACGAGCCAUCGGGGAAAUCGUCCUUCAAGUCACAGAUCAAGAACAAGAGCUAACGUCUCCUGGUUAUCCUGGCAAUUACCCCAGCGACAGCACGGAGACGUGGCUGCUGACCACCUCGGGUCAGGACAGCUCCAGGGGCACCUGGGUGGUCAACAUCAACGUGGAAUACUUCCAGAUGGAAGACCACAGCUCCUGCGCGUAUGACUACCUCGACGUCAUUGACGCUAACACAAGUUCUCUCAUUGAUCGAUUAUGUGGUGACUUGUCAGCUCCGGACAUAUCCUUCUCGUCCACAGGACCUGACCUCAAGCUAUACUUCAACAGUGACUACAGUGUCACGUACAAGGGAUUUGUCAUUAAAUACUGGGCAUCUUACAGCAGCUUUGCCGUAGUUACCCAGGCGCCAAAAUCUGACCGUAAAGAAACCAACAACAACGUGAUUGGUUGGGUACUAGGUGCCUUAGGGGUAAUGAUAAUCAUCGGCUUGGUUGUCUAUAUCGUGUGUCGCCGGAAGUACCAGAAGAAGUCCACAGCGAAAAGAAUCACCAAGAAAGUAUUCAUUACAAAGCCCGACGGAUCACUGGGACCGGUCUUCAAGACCUCCAUAAAAAUCAGACCAAGUACUGACCUCAGAGGUAAAGCUGCAUCGAUGAACCUUCAGUUCCCCAGUGCAUCCUCCAUAUCAGGAGCUGAACCCAAACCUGGUGUCUCCAGGAAGCGCCCCCCUAUCGACUCAGCGUCUGUGGGGGGAGAUAAUAUACCGGCGGCGUUCAGAUACGUCGACCCAACGUACCCACCUGGAUACGGAUCAACUCCGUAUUGAGCACCAAUGUUAGACAUGCCGACCCAACGUACCCACCUUGAUGUGGAUCAACUCCGUAUUGAGCACCAAUGUUAGACAUGCCGACCCAACGUACCCACCUUGAUGUGGAUCAACUCCGAAUUGAGUAGCAAUGUUAGACAUACCGACCCAACGUACACACCUGGAUGUGGAUCAACUCCGUAUUGAGCACCAAUGUUAGACAUGCCGACCCAACGUACCCACCUUGAUGUGGAUCAACUCCGAAUUGAGUAGCAAUGUUAGACAUACCGACCCAACGUACACACCUGGAUGUGGAUCAACUACGUAUUGAGCACCAAUGUUAGACAUGCCGACCCAACGUACACACCUGGAUGUGGAUCAACUCCGUAUUGAGCACCAAUGUUAGACAUGCCGACCCAACGUACCCACCUUGAUGUGGAUCAACUCCGAAUUGAGCAGCAAUGUUAGACAUGCCGACCCAACGUACACACCUGGAUA